AUGAAGAAGUGUCAGAUUCGAUCACUGAACGUCAAAGCCGACAUGCAGAGGGCUUUCAAUCAAUACAUUCAGAAUGUCCACCAAGACCUUGUUUGGACGGGGGUUUGCACUAACAAAGACAAAGCCACAAACAAGAUCACGGCAGUUUGGCCUGGGUCCAGCAUCCACUAUAUGAAAUUCAUUGAGCAACCCCGAUGGGAGGACUUUGAGAUCGAGUACCAGAAGGUGUGUGCAGUCCAGACUACGUGGUCUGGAUCCCGGCGACCUCUCAAUUAA